AUGCGGGCCCUCUACGCGCGCUCCCGUCGGGGAGGAGGCCGCCUGCCGGCCGGAGCCAACACGGUGCGCGGCUUCCCCGCCAGGCGCGAAAUUCUAGGUCGAAAGCGCCUGUACUGCUUCAACCUGACAUCUCUGCAAGACUCAGAGUUGAUUCUGGCGGCCACCUUCCACUUCUUUUCUGAAAAAUGCGGCCAGCAUCACAGGGCCCUUUGCAGAUGCUCAGAGAACUCAGCCUGCCACCUUCUCCACUCGCCACCGGUGUCGUGGCUCAACGUGGUCUUCCACAGUUUCGGAGAGAAUUCGGCCUACGGGCAACUCAAGGAGAAAGUUGCCAUAUUCCCUCACCGGCAGGAGGCCUGGCUGGCGAAGGACAUCUCACACGCCAUCAAACGUUCGAGGCAGUUUGGGAAGCUUCUGUGUGCUGAGCUUGACGUGGGGAGGAAGUACCACAGCGUCUCUGAGGAACCCGCCUCCCACUGGCCGUACAUCCUGGUCUAUGCUGAUGACUUAGCGAUAGCCGAGCCCAACAGUUUGGCCCUUUCCCUCCAGAGGUACGACCCGUUCCCUUCCGCCGAGAGCCUUUUGCUCAAUGCUUCUACAAACACCCGUACGAAGAGGGGCGUGCACCUCUCUGUAUCUGUCCAGAACAACGAGUUGCCGGGGACUGUGGAUAACGGGAACGAGUAUCGUGAACAGGACUUAUGGAGAACCACAUACAAGUCCCUCAAAUCCAAAGCCUCGCACAGAGACCGGAAGGGGAAAGGGCAGGAGCACGCCGAGGCGCUUCCCGAGUCUCAGGUGCUCAAUUUUGAUGAAAAGACCAUGAGGGAAGCUCAGCGGCAGCAGUGGACGGAACCGACAGUUUGCUCCAGAAGAUACAUGAAAGUGGACUUUGCUGAUAUCGGCUGGAAUGAAUGGGUUCUCGCUCCGAAAUCUUUUGACGCCUAUUACUGCGCAGGGAGCUGCAAGUUCCCAAUGCCCAAGAUCGUGCGGCCAUCGAACCACGCCACGCUCCAGAGCAUUGUGCGAGCCGUCGGGAUCAUUCCGGGCAUACCAGAGCCUGCCUGUGUCCCCGACGCAAUGAACUCCCUCAGCGUUCUCUUCCUUGACCAGAGCUACAGCAUUGUGUUGAAGGUCUACCCUAAUAUGUCUGCGGACAGCUGUGCCUGCCGAUAGACUGCUUCAUCUCUCUC